AGGUAGUUCCGUGGACAUGCGUACCUGAACAUAGGUACCAUUCAACCGAUAUGAGUGGAGUUACAUUAGCUACGCGAGGUGACGAAAUCUGCUCCUCUUAGUACGGUUGUGUGCUGACUGAAAGGCCAUUCGCAACUUCUGUGGGCGCAGCCUGUAGAUUUGGAGGAUACCUUCGAGGACAGUCCACCUCUGGAACUGCGUCCACCAUGGAGCCCUGCAGACGUCUCGUGGCAGGGGCUGUCAUCCUCAGCUGCAUCCUUGGAUUGAAUGCUGCCGUCCUGAAAGAUCCUGCAAUAGUGGAAGCUGCAACAUUCGAUGCAAAGUUCCCUGGUGCAGGUUACGGCACUCCUGUCGUCGGUGGAGACCAACUUUCCGGCGGAGCUCUAAAAUCCAACUUCAAGAGGUUCGUCGUCAGCAGAGGAACACCGAACUUUGCCUCAACCGGAAAUUUCCAGACAGUCGUUGGGAAUCCCCGUGUGAUAGACGAUACUUCCUUAACGGCGGACUCUUCACAACCGAUAACAAACCUUCCGGAAGUGGGAGCGUUAGUGGAACAGUCUAGCAACGCUCCCGACUCCAGCCUCACAGUUGUAAAUGAAAGUCGCGAAAUCUCCUCGCUGGAUAGCAAAGGCGGAGUCAUACUUCCAAAACAAUUAGAAGACAUAGUCAGAGUUGCAGCCAAGUUUCUGCCCGACAGAAAUGAAGCACCUGCAGAUGCAACAAAGGAAGCUCCAGUCAUCGAUAUCUCGCAAUCUACGAGUGGCCAUAUUGGUCAGAUGUCCAGCCAAGUUGGCGGCGAGAUCGGAACUACAGCUAUUAACAAGCAGUCUACAGUGCUUACUGCUGUGACGCCAAUGGAAGAAAACAGAGGUGCGAUGAAGUGGACGUACUACGAGACUGUUGUAAGUGAUAAACAAGAUUCGGGCGUUCCGCAGAUUUCUGACGUGGCCGCAACUGUAGAAAUGGUGACUGAUCCACCAACUGACUCUUCUGCAGUGGACGAAAUCGCAAAGAAUGAGAGCAAAGUAUCUUUACCAAUGCAGCCAGCGACCGAAAGACUGGAUGACAUUGCAGAAGGAGUCACAGCGACUGAGCCGGCAGCGAACUUUGACCAACAGGAAGCUGGUGUGACACCACGGGUCGACCAUGACACCACUGUGCAGCAGAUGGAAUCUGAGUCGGUGAAGUUGGUGGACGUGACAACUGAGACUGAGGAGUUUGUGGGAGAGACUACAGUUGUUUCGGAGGACUGGGGAAUUCAUCGUUCUGAGACGAAAGAGCCCACAGGGAGACAGCUGGAAGACAAAUAUUACCAUCGUGACACCGAACCGCUGUCGGAGCAGGACAACGAGAUUGGUGGAAGUCACUUGGAUGUCGGAGACGCAGACGUCGACGCCGGCGGUGACUGUUCGCGGCCGUGUGAGCUCGGGGCGCCACCGCGCGUCUGCAAGUUCACGUUCCACGUGGAGUGGUACCACACGAUGAGCAAGGCGUGCUUCGGCUGUCCCAGCAACGCGUCCGACUGCGAACGGCCGCACUGCGUGCCCGCCGAUGGGAUCGAACGUCCCAUCAUCGUCGCCAACAGGCAGAUGCCCGGACCCACCAUCAGCGUGUGCCAGCACGACAUCGUGCAGGUGGACGUGGUGAACGGCAUGACGGAGGAGACGACCAGCGUGCACUGGCACGGACAGCACCAGCGCGGCUCGCCGCACAUGGACGGCGUGCCCUUCGUGACGCAGUGCCCCAUAGGGCCCGCCUCCGCCUUCCGCUACCGCUUCGUCGCGGAGACCCCGGGCACGCACUUCUGGCACUCACACACCGGGUGUCAGCGCGCAGACGGCCUGUACGGGGCGCUGCUGGUGCGCACGCCCCGAGCCGUGGACGCGCACUCGCGGCUGUACGACGAAGAGGGCCCGGUGCUGCAGCUGGCGGACUGGGGGCGGCCGCUGGGGGUGGACAAGUUCGUCAACCACCACCACGCCGCCGGCGACAACAAGCCCACCGCCAUACUCGUCAACGGCCGCGGCGGCCUGCGCUGGGCCAGCGGGCAGCCGGGGCCCCCACCGGCACACUUCACAGUCCAGCAGGGAAAACGGUACAGGUUCCGUGUGAUCAACAACGGAUUUCUGAACUGUCCCAUUCAGAUGUCUGUGGACGGCCAUUCUCUCCUCGUCAUCAGCAGUGACGGCGCUGACAUCGACCCCGUCAGAGUGGAGUCGCUGGUGACUUACGCGGGCGAGCGCUGGGACUUCGUGCUGGAGGCGUCGGCCGCGGUGUCCAGCUACUGGGUGCGGUUCCAGGGUCUGAUGGACUGCGGCGCUGAGUUCACCAAGGCCCACGAGGUGGCGGUGCUGCGCUACCAGGGAUCGGAUCUCGCGAUGCCGGCGGGGAACGUCUCCUGGGAGGACGCCCAACGACCGGGCCUCUCGCUGAACACGCUGAAUGCUGGACCGGGCACCACCGACUCGCUGGUAAUGUCUGAGCUGAGCGCCGCCUCCACACUGCAGGACGACGCCAGCCUGUCGCCACGGGCGGCGCACACCUUCUACCUGGGCUACGACUUCUACGCCAUCGACAAUCCGCACUUCCACCACCCCAAGUACUACGGCAUGUCGCACGUGGUGCGGAACGACCACAAGCUGUUCACGCCGCAGUUCAACCACCUGUCGCUGCGCCUGCCGUCGUUCCCGCUGCUGUCGCAGUUCUCUGACCUGGAUGAGUCCACCACCUGCAACCAGACCGCCAUGGCGGGACAGGGCUGCGAGUCGGGCUACUGCGAGUGCCUGCACAUGCUGCGCGUGCCGCUGGGCGCCGUCGUCGAGAUCGUGCUCGUCGACGAAGGUAACAUGUACAACGCAAACCACCCGUUCCACCUGCACGGGCACGCGUUCCGCGUGGUAGCCAUGGGUAAACUGGGCACCAACACGUCUGUGGAGGAGGUGCGCGCGCUGGACAGAGCCGGAGGCAUCAAGCGCAAGCUCCACGGCGCCCCCAUCAAGGACACCGUCACCGUGCCGGAUGGCGGCUUCACGGUGCUCAGAGUCUCCGCCGACAAUCCAGGCUACUGGUUGUUCCACUGCCACAUCGAGUUCCACGUGGAGGUGGGCAUGGCGGUGGUGUUCAAGGUGGGCGAGCACUCCGACUUCCCGCCGCCUCCACCAGGAUUCCCUCGCUGCAACAGCUGGCUGCCGCCCUACCCUUCCAAGGGACACGCCCUCUCCCGCCUCACCGCCGACCCUCUUCGGGACCAGCAGGGUCAGUCGUCCGCCCCCGCCUCUGGUCCGCUGGCCACCAGCGUCCUCCUGCUACUAGCUGGACUCGUCGCAGCUGGCGCCGCGACCAGCUGAACCGCCGUGCGCGAGUGCGGCGACAAGUGUACAAACCUAACGGACAGUAUUACCGCCAAAGCGGCAGCGGACACCACCGUGCAAUAACACACGACGGGAGAGCAGAGGUGCACUUCAGGGGGACAAAUCCUACCUCCCGGAUGGACCUACUGUUCCUCGCGUUGUGGUCGAGACUAAACGCGAUUACCACCGUGUGAUUAGAUAGUUCAAUGAUAAACCGGAGUUACUGUAAAAAUCCUUGCCAUUUUGUAUUUAACUGCGGCUGUGAUCUUAAAAUAUGUAAGAAGAGAGGAUGCUGUUUCAAAGAGCACAUAAAGCCGUCCAAUAAUUGACAUUCCUUAGCUGGAUAUAUUGAAAAUACACAUGUGUAAAUAAUAAUUGUCUUCCAAUAUGUGGAUAUUUGUGUACUGAUUAUAUGAAUAUUUUAAUGAGAUGUAGAGUACAAUGUAAAGAACUGUAUAUAGCGGGGUAUAACGUAAUAAGUGGUCUUGGGGGAGAAUCCUAUUGCUUGAAUUUCUAAUAGAACAUUCAAGUACAAGUACAAAGCGUGUUUUACUACAAUUAAAGACAGACAUGUCUUUAAAAGUGUCAUAUUUUUUGUGGUCAUUUCGACCAAUGGACACUAAAUCACGCAAAAGAAGUAUUAACGCGAGAACUUUUAACCUAAAUGUGAAUGUGGUUAAGAUAAUGAAUUGAAGAAAAUGUGUCAAGUGCAUAUACCUUUCUUUUUCGAGCAGCUUGUGUUACUUAACUUGUGGAGUGAGAUGCAUACUGAUGUUCCUAUAGCACUAACAAAAACCUGAUAUUAGUCAAUGUGAACUCUGAAAACAAUAGUCAUCAAAGAAUUUGGUUAACCAUCUUCACAGUGAAAGUGUUCCUCACUGAAUCUUAUCACAAAAGUAUAAGCGUCUUGGCGAUUUUACGCGUCGAUAUCGUUAGUCUGAUUAUCGACAUAAGUCUUGUAUUGCUACAUACCUUGUAUCGCUAAAUAGUAUUAAUUGUAGAAGUUUUCUAGAAAUUGUACAAGCCAAAUAUUGUGGCUGGAAAGGAGAGUUUUAAUCUGAGAGGCGUCUUUCACAUUACUGGUCUAACAUUCCCACAAUGUAUUAAAAGAACUGAUUAGUUUUUGUAUUAAUUAUUUUAUACUUUCAGCAAUAAAAAUUGCAACAAUGUAUAUAUUUUUAUACUUAGGUGUAUUUGUAUGAUAUGUGAAUAUACUUCUAUUUUUGUCAUACACUGGAGUAA